CAUUCUUCUGUCAUCCGAGAAAAGUAAAGAAAAAAACUCGCAUACAUCGGAAUGAUAAAAACGACAAUGUGCUCGCUGAACCCUGGUACGGUGUGAAGCAGUUGAUUAGGAGUUCGCUGGCAAUUGAACACUGACAUUUAAGAGGAAGUUGAAGUGUUCAGAAACUCCUCGGCUCGCUGGGACAGCUCACACUUACUGACUGAUGGAAAGAGAGAGGAGGAAAAAGGGGAAAUCUUUUCGCUCAAGCAGUAGCGCCAUGGACUGGCGGGGCAACAUUUAACGCUUCUCUUUCCUUGUUGUGUUUUUUUUUUUGUUUGUUUUGUUUUGGGCGCGAUGACGGACUAAAGCAAAGUAUUUGCGUGUAGCAUGAUAGUGCGAUAUGUCUAACGCGAGGCCGAGUAAGAGCGUGGAAUGGCUGCAACUGGAGUUGGAGACCGGAGGUACUUCUCUUCUCCUGCUGGACUGCCGCUCACACGAGCUGUAUGAAUCAUCCCACAUAGAGACCGCCAUAAACCUGGCAAUGACGGGGCUCAUGCUGCGGAGGUUCAAGAAGGGCAACAUCCCGAUCCAGACCGUCAUCCCCAAACACGAGGACAAGGAGAAGUUCCUGAGGCGGUGCAAGACGGACACGGUGGUCCUGUACGACGAGAGCUCCGCGGACUGGCAGGACAGCGGCUUCCCGGCCACGGUGUUGUUUCUGCUUCUUAACAAACUGCGAGAGGACGGCUGUAAAGCGUACUUUCUGGAAGGUGGUUUUGUGAAGUUCCACACAGAGUACCCAGAACACUGCGAGACCCUCCUGGACAGCUCCUGUCCGAGCUCCUCUCCCCCGAUGCCUGUCCUGGGCUUUGGAGGUCUCCGGAUCAGCUCGGACUGUUCAGACGGCGAGUCCGAUCGGGAGCCCAGCAGUGCAACGGAACCAGAGGAGAGCCCCGUCCCCAGCAAUCAGCCAGACUUUCCCGUCCAAAUCCUACCCUACCUCUACCUGGGCUGUGCCAAAGACUCCAGCAACCUAGACGUGCUGGGCCAGUACAACAUCACCUACAUCCUGAACGUCACGCCUAAUCUGCCCAAUGUGUUUGAGCACAAGAGCCACUUCAGAUACAAGAAGAUCCCUAUUUCAGACCACUGGAGUCAGAACCUGUCCCAGUUCUUUCCAGAAGCUAUCUCAUUUAUUGAUGAGGCUCGAUCAAAGCGGUGUGGCAUCCUGGUCCAUUGCCUGGCCGGCAUCAGCCGCUCAGUCACAGUCACUGUGGCCUACCUGAUGCAGAGGCUCAACCUCUCUCUAAACGAUGCGUACGACUUUGUGAAGAGGAAGAAGUCCAACAUCUCACCUAACUUCAACUUCAUGGGUCAGCUGUUAGACUUUGAGAGGACACUGGGGCGGCACACGCCCUGUGAUAACCGCUCUACUAGCGAGGAGCAGCUCUUCUUCACCACACCAACCAAUCACAAUGUCUUUCAGCUGGAGUCGACAUAAGGAGCGAUAACAGUUUUUUUAUGAUGUUGUUUCCUGUGGUGGUUUUCUAAGCUCGUCAGAUGCCUGAUUUGCUGACACAAGCAGUAACAGUGACAGUGUUCAACUUCACAACGAGCUGCAUUGAUCUGUUAGAGCAACAGAAUCCAUAUGCACAGAAAUGCAAAAGCUCUUGUCUCAAUGCCUUAAAAUGCCUAAUCUAACAAUAGAACCAAUCUAACUUUCACAACACACUGUAUUAAUGAAUGGCCAUAUACAGUCAUAAUUGAUGGACUCUUCACAAUAUUUCCUUUUCAGUCUUUAAUUGUUUUUGGACUGUUGUUUGUUGUACUUAUUUGGUUCAGUAAUGAAUAGGCAUGGGCUGGUAUGAGGUUUUCCCAGUGUCAUAACUUUGAGUAUAAUUAAUCAUGGUUAAAUUUAAAUAAAAAAUGUAUAACAAGAGCUAAUUCUUUUUAUUUAACACAGGGAAGCGAAAACUCCCACUGCGGCCAAAAUAAUAUUACAUAUUCUAAAAAAAUGUAUUAUUUACAGUAUGUAGCAUCUAAAUUUGAAUAAUAUUGCUUAUUAGUUAAAUUGAAAUUAAAUUUUUGUAUAAAAUAUUAACAUAAACAGUUACAAUAUCAAUAGUAUUACAAAAGUAUUACCUAAAGUGUGUUUUAUUGUCUGUAUGUUCCACAAAUCAUGAAACAACAUGAUUCUGUAGAGCACCACCUUGGAUCUAUGAUGGCUUUAUUCUGUUGCUAAAGUUUUAGUAUGACAGAAAAUUUAAAUUUGUUUUUUAUUGAAAACUGCAAAUGUUUAAAACCGUGGUACAGUUUGAUAUCAGCCCAUGCCUAGUUAUGAACAAUGCCUUUAUAGUCUAAAGCAAAUCUGUAGCCAAUCCAAAUGUUUCCUGGGGUCCAUUACAGCACGUGUUGUUAUUCUAGCUGAGGGAAAUAAGCUACUAUUUGUUCAAAUCAAAGUUCAUUUGGCUACCUAUAAUUUAAACAGUUUAAAUGUAACUUUGCUGAAGCCAUGAAAUUGAUUUUUACAUAAGAUUAUCUUCCAUCAUUGCCCGUUUGUCCUGAGGGCUUUGGCCAUUCUUUAAUAUGAAACUUAACAGUUAGUUGCCAUGUUGAGGUAUAAUGUUAAAGACUGGCUUUUCCCACAGUUAAAAAAGAGCAGCUAUGUAAGUAAUAAGGGUACAAAUAACUGGAAACCCGCCUUAUUUUGGGUUUUUCUUGAACACUUUUCAGCCUGCAGCCACUUUUUGUUACAGGGGUCCCCAAGUGUAAAUAGCUUUUCUCUCUUUUCGCCAGUCUUGUAUUUGAACAGGUGAAUGAAUUUAAAGUGCGAAAGGAAUCGAGAGGAAGCAAGCUUGACUGGAGCAUUCUUACCUCAACAAAGAGACAUUUUUCAGGGAUUUUUGUACAAGUCCGUUGCGUGUCAUCUUGGCCUCUUAAAACGCACCCAAGGGCUGUUUUGUUUUUGUAUGUUUGUAACGAUGUACAUAAAACAUGGUUGUUACGGGGAACAUGUUCUGUAAAUCAUGAAGGAUGUGGAAGUGACCCUGUUGGAAUCCUUAUGUUUAGCAUAUAUUAAGCAAAAAGGCAUUCUGUACUGGUUUUUACAACAAAUAUAUUGUUUAUUUUUACUUGAAAA